AUGCCCGGACACUUCGGUCACAAAGUACUCAAACAUUUGGGGAUUGACAAGGGCGGUGAUCAACAAAACUUGUCCCCGCAGGUUCGGCUCCCAGGCAGACCAGCCAUCAAUGGCGACGAGCGCCCGUUAUCUUCGCCUCCCAAUACGGGCACAUAUCCCCGCCUCUGCCGGCUUUCCGACGGCUCCAUUCUCUCCUCCUUCACUCGAUUCCCCGACGGACAACGGUCACUACGCGUCGCCCGAAGCACCGACAAUGGCCAGACCUUCGAGGACCUGUCUGAGGUGACCCGCGCAUCGGGGGAGGUGGAUAAUCUGUUUUUGUGUGAGGUGGCUCCGGGAACAGUGCUGGCGGCGUUCAGGAACCAUGAUCUAGGACCCAAUGGCCCAACCUGGUUCCGCAUCACGGUCUGCCGUUCCACGGAUGGGGGUCGCGUGUGGCACUACGCUUCGCAGGCAUUUGAGAAGCCCCCUCCGUUUGGAAUCUGGGAGCCUUACAUGCGCCUUGGACGUGAAGGUGAAGUGCAGCUCUAUUUCUCUCAAGAGUUUGCGCCCCACAAUCAACGCACCAUGCAAGUCAUUUCGCGGGACCAAGGAAGUACCUGGUCCCAGCCCGCCACCUUGGAUGGCCAAACCUCCUUCCGAGACGGCAUGGUGGGCAUUGCGCGGACCUUUGACAAUGGCCGAGAGGCUCUCCUGAUGGUGUUUGAGACCACUCGCCACGGUCCUUUCAACGUGGAGGCACUUUUAUCGUAUGACGAUGGUCACAGCUGGGGCUGGCGCCACGAGGUAUUCCGACCGAAGCAAGGGCACAACGCAGGCGCUCCCCAAGUUGCAUCCUUUGCCGACGGGUCGCUGGCAGCGAUCUUCAUGACAGAUGACGACUCCGAGGUUGUGCAGUGGGUGAAAAACGCUUCUAUCAAGAUCAUCUUUGCCGGAACCCCGUCUGAGGGACGUGUCCAGUGGAGUCAGCCAUGCAUUGUGUCUCCAGCGUCAAGUUCCUGGCCUGGAAUCUUGGCUCUUGAUCACCACACCGUGUUGGCUGCGUAUGAUCGAGGCGGCCCGCUGGGUAGAACCAUUACUUGGCAUCUUUAA